AUGUUGGGGCGAGUACGGCUUGUACAACAAGGCCUGCGAUGGUGUGGUGUGCCAUAUCGGACGUACCGGGCUGGCGCGACCGAAUUUGGACAUCUACCAGAUCCUCCCAAGAGCGCAUUUUUGUCAGAAGGAUGCAUUCGGCCAGAAGAUAGUCAACGAGUGCAUUUGAUAAAUGCCUUCCGCAGAUACGGAUACUUGCAAGCUGAAUUGGACCCCUUGCGUUUACAACCACAUAAGGAGGUGCCUGAACUGAAUCCUGAAAUCUACGGCCUUUCACCAGAAGAUGCUCUUCCCGGAAAAAAUCUUUAUUUGGAUGACCUUGCAGAGCAGUUACGGACAAUCUAUUGUGGUCCAAUGGCAAUUGAGUUCAUGCAUAUAAAUAACUGGGAAGAGCGUCAAUGGUUAGCGCAGCACUUCGAGAGUUCAGUUUCCGAAGAACUUACCACUGAUGAUCGACUGAAGCUAGCGAAGAUAAUGCUUAAGUGUGAGAAUUUUGAUCAGUUUUUGGCGCUGAAGUUUCCAACAGUGAAAAGGUACGGUAGCGAGGGUGCCGAGGCAAUGUAUGGCUUCUUUUCGGAAGUUUUUGAUUCUGCACCUGAAAAGGAUAUUCAGCAGAUUUUCAUUGGAAUUGCUCAUCGCGGUCGCUUAAAUCUUCUUUCUGAGCUUAUGCAGUUUCCAGUGGUGCAGAUGUUUAGAAAGAUGAAAGGAAAGCCAGAGUUUCCGGAUAAUGUUCAAGGAUCUGGUGAUGUGCUUUCGCAUCUAACCUCCUCUUUCGAUCACCAGACACCUGAAGGCACUGUACAUAUCUCAAUGCUCCCAAAUCCAUCCCACCUUGAGGCAGUAAAUCCAGUCGCAAUGGGUAAAGCACGCGCUAGAGCUAGAUCAUUGGGCUUAGGUGAUUAUUCGAGAGAGCGUUCGGCACGAACAGGAGAUGGUGUAUUAUCUGUGCUUGUUCAUGGAGAUGGCGCAUUUACAGGACAGGGUAUCGUUUGGGAGUCCAUUGCCCUCAGUCAAGCACCACAUUUCCGGCUAGGGGGAACAAUCCAUUUGGUUACGAAUAACCAAGUAGCUUUCACUGCUGAAGCGCACGUUGGGAGGUCUUCUACUCACUGUACUGACAUUGCUAAAGCUUUUGAGUACCCGGUGAUUCAUGUUAAUGGCGAUCAUCCCGAGGAAGUCGUUAAAGCCACACGGUUGGCUGUGGCUUACCGCGAAAAAUUCCGCAAAGAUGUCUUUAUCAACAUGCAGUGUUUCCGUCGUUGGGGACAUAAUGAACUAGACGACCCGUCGUUUACCCAACCUCUCAUGUACAGGAUUAUCGAAUGCCGGGAAUCAGUCCCACGCCAUUAUGUCAAUGAUCUGAUCAAUGAAGGUUUGAUGAAAGAAGAUGAUGUUGAAGCCAUAAAAGAACAGCAUUCGGCAAAAAUGACGGAAUCCUUCAGAGCGAUUGAUUCCACCCCUCCUGUAGCGAAGCACUUGGAAGGUAACUGGAAAGGUUUUGUGCAAGCCCCAGCCGAGGUUCAGAAAUGGGAUACUGGUUGUGACGUGAACCUUCUGAAGUAUGUGGGCGCUGCAUCAGUCAAAGUUCCUGAAGGAUUUAAAGUCCACCCUCACCUGCAAAAAACGCACUGUGAAGCUAGGAUGCAAAAAAUGAAAUCCGGAGAGAAUAUAGACUGGGGAACUGCUGAGGCCCUUGCUUUUGGAUCGCUGCUCAUGGAAGGAAACGACGUGCGAAUUAGUGGACAAGACGUUGGACGAGCUACGUUCAGUUUCAGACAUGCAAUGUUGGUGGAUAAUGAUACGGAUCUCACACAUAUUCCACUCAAUCAUAUUGCAAAUGAUCAGAAGGCGUACUUGGAGGUCGCUAACAAUAUCCUAUCAGAGGAAGCUGUCCUUGGAUUUGAGUACGGGUAUUCAAUGGAAAAUCCUCGGCGGCUGUGCAUUUGGGAGGCACAGUUUGGUGAUUUCUUCAACGGAGCGCAGAUCAUCAUUGAUACUUUCCUUGCCAGCGCCGAAGGCAAAUGGCUGACGCAAUCUGGCUUGACCCUUCUUCUACCUCAUGGUAUAGAUGGCGCAGGCCCAGAACACAGCACAUGCAGAAUGGAAAGGUUUUUGCAAUUGUGUGACUCCCGCGAAGAUCAAAAGCCAGUAGAUGGAGAGAAUAUCAACCUUCGAAUUGCCAAUCCGACUACCUCUGCUCAAUACUUCCAUCUUCUCAGGAGACAGGUGAUACCCAACUACCGGAAGCCUCUCGUCGUUGUGGCUCCCAAAAUGAUUCUUCGCCAUCCUAAGGCCGCUUCGUCUUUGUCUGAAUUCGCACCAGGAACGCACUUUCGAAAUGUGAUCGACGAUAACACAUGUAAAGCAGAAAAAGUUACCAAGGUGAUUUUGACUUGUGGAAAGCAUUGGAUUGCCGUGGAGAAGGCACGAGAUGAGAGAGGAUUGAAGGAUACGGUAGCGAUUGUAAGGGUCGAGAGCUUGUGUCCAUUCCCAGUGCAGGAUUUGAGGGAAGCUUUGAAGCGGUACCCGAAAGCAACAAAAUUUGUAUGGUCUCAAGAAGAGGGUCGUAACGCAGGUGCAUGGUCUUUUGUCCGGCCACGAUUCGAAAAUGCUCUAGGAAUAUCGCCAGUAUUUGCUGGUCGACCUGAGUUGGCCUGGACGGCUACAGCCAUCGGCGAACAUCAUGCGAAGGAAGCCGAAGAGGUGAUCAGGAAGACCUUUGAAGUUUAGUAUGGAGUGUUUGAAUACUUUGAUAGUUUCAUCAGAUUUGCUACAUUGUCUACGUUUUAUCUUGUUACGUC